GAAGGGACGAUCGGCGGCAGGGACAGACCCCAUUGGAAACCUGUCCGGCGCGGCACCGCUUCCGCCUCGCUAGGAAGCAGCAAUUCAAGCACCAUGACUCUUCAGCGGGAGCUGAGCCGCUCGCAGGUGUGCGGGAUGAUGCGUGAGGAGCUGUGCCAGGGCAAGGACUUCCUGCAGUCCGACACCCACAUCUUCAUCAUCAUGGGGGCCUCGGGCGACUUGGCCAAGAAGAAGAUCUACCCGACUAUCUGGUGGCUCUUCCGGGAUGGCCUCCUGCCCGACGACACGUACGUGGUGGGCUACGCCCGCUCCCAGCUCACGGUGGCCGACAUCCGCAAGCAGAGCCAGCCCCACUUCAAGGUGGAGCCAGAUGAGCAGAAGAAGCUGGAGGAGUUCUUUGCCCGGAACAGCUAUGUGUCGGGAACCUACGACCACAGCACCUCCUUCCGGCAGCUGAACGCCCACCUGGACGCACUGCACAAUGGGGACAAGGCCAACCGGCUCUUCUACCUGGCACUGCCGCCUAGUGUCUACGAGCACGUCACCCGCAACAUCAAGGAGUGCUGCAUGGGCCACGGUGGCUGGAACCGUAUCAUCGUGGAGAAGCCAUUUGGGAAGGACCUGGAGAGCUCCAACAAACUGUCCAAUCACAUUGCGUCGCUCUUCCGGGAGGACCAGAUCUACCGCAUUGACCACUACCUGGGCAAGGAGAUGGUGCAGAACCUCAUGGUGCUGAGGUUUGGGAACAGAAUCUUCGGCCCUGUGUGGAACCGGGACAACGUGGCCUGCGUCAUCCUGACCUUCAAGGAGCCGUUUGGCACGGAGGGGCGAGGCGGCUACUUCGAUGAGUUCGGGAUCAUCCGCGAUGUGAUGCAGAACCACCUACUGCAGAUGCUUUGCCUGGUGGCCAUGGAAAAACCGGCUUCCACCGACUCAGACGACGUGCGGGAUGAGAAGGUGAAGGUGCUGAAGUGCAUCUCGGAGUUGCAGCUGGGCAAUGUGGUGCUGGGCCAGUAUGUGGGGAACCCUGAUGGGGUGGGCGAGGCCCGGAAGAGCUACCUGGAUGACCCCACUGUCCCCACUGGCUCCAACACGGCCACCUUCACUACCGCUGUGCUGUACGUGGACAACGAGAGAUGGGACGGCGUCCCGUUUGUGCUGCGCUGUGGUAAGGCCCUGAACGAGCGCAAGGCCGAGGUGCGGCUGCAGUUCCGGGACGUGCCGGGCGACAUCUUCCAGCGGCAGUGCAAGCGCAAUGAGCUGGUGAUCCGGGUGCAGCCCAACGAGGCCGUCUACACCAAGAUGAUGACCAAGAAACCUGGCAUGUUCUUUGACCCCGAGGAGUCGGAGCUGGACCUGACCUACGGCAACCGCUACAAGGAUGUGAAGCUGCCGGAUGCCUAUGAGCGACUCAUCCUGGAUGUCUUCUGUGGCAACCAGAUGCACUUUGUGCGCAGUGACGAGCUGCGUGAAGCCUGGCGCAUUUUCACUCCACUGCUGCACAAGAUCGAGUCUGAGAGGAUCAAACCAAUCCCGUACUGCUACGGCAGCCGGGGCCCACCCGAAGCAGACGAGCUGAUGAAGAGAGUCGGGUUCCAGUACGAGGGCACUUACCGCUGGGUGAAUCCGCACAAGCUCUGAGCUGGGGGCCAGCUGCUGCCUCCCCAAAGCAACCCUGCUUCUCACCCUGGGGGGGUCUGUCUGGUCUGCUCGCUGCUCCCCCCCUCCAGGGGCACCUGGG